GGGCUUCCCCUGUCCAUGCAGUCCCCAGCUGCCACUGCUGAGGGCCUCAACAGCCCCCUCUUUGGGCCCUACACAUUCCCCAUCUUCAAGUUUCAGCCUCGCCACCAUGAGAGCAUGGACUGGAGGCGCAUUAGUGCCCUGGACGUGGACCGUGUGGUCCGGGAGCUGGACGUGGCCACUCUGCAGGAGAACAUCACUGGUGUCACCUUCUGUAACUUGGACCAAGAGGUGUGCAGCCGCUGUGGGCAGCCCGUGGACCCAGCACUGCUCAAGGUGCUGCGCCUGGCACAGCUCAUCAUUGAGUACCUGCUGCACUGCCAAGAGUGCCUGAGCACCAGCGUCGCCCAGCUGGAGGCGCGGCUGCAGGCCAGCCUGGGCCAGCAGCAGCGUGGGCAGCAAGAGCUGGGCCGCCAGGCCGACGAGCUCAAGGGCGUGCGGGAGGAGAACCGCCGGCGUCGCAAGAUGAUUAGCACCCUGCAGCAGCUGCUGAUGCAAACGGGUGCCCACAGCUACCACAUGUGCCACUUGUGUGACAAGACGUUCAUGAAUGCCACCUUUCUUCGGGGCCACAUCCAGCGCAGGCAUGCAGGCGUGGCAGAAGGUGGAAAACAGAAGAAGCAGGAUCAGCCAGUGGAAGAGGUGUUAGAAGAGCUACGGGCCAAGCUAAAGUGGACCCAAGGGCAGCUGGAAGCCCAGAGGGAGGCUGAGAGGCAGCGGCAGCUCCAGGAAGCAGAGAUCACUCUUCAGAGGAAAGUAGAAGCUAAGAAAGAAUUUGAUGAAUGGAAAGAAAAAGAGCAGAGCAAGCUUUACGGGGAAAUAGAAAAGCUAAAAAAGUUAUUUUGGGAUGAAUUUAAAAGUGUUGCCAACCAGAACUCUACGCUAGAAGAGAAACUGCGGGCACUGCGGCCCCACACUGUGAUGGAGUCCAACCUCGGGUCUCUGCGGGAUGAGGAGCUGGAGGAGCGACUCCAGCAGUCACAGGAACUCCAGGCCCUGAAAGAGAAGAUGGAAAGUCAGAAAAUUGAGUGGAAGAGAAAAAUGAAGGAACUGCAUGAAGAGCAUGUGGCUGAGAAGAGAGAGCUGCAGGAGGAGAACGAGAGACUCCAGGCCUCCCUAUCUCAGGAUCAGAGGAAGGCAGCUGCCCAGGCCCAGCGUCAAAUUAGUGCCCUCCGCACCCGGCUGCAGGAACAAGCCAGGCUCAUCGCCUCCCAGGAGGAGAUGAUCCAGACCUUGUCCCUCAGGAAGGUGGAGGGGGUCCGUGAAGCACCAAAGGCUGCAGACACAGAGGAGGAUUCUCCUGAAGAGCUGGAGGACUCCGGAGAUGAGCAGCAGGAGGUGCUGGCAGCCCUGAGGAGUGACCCUACUUUGUUGAAGCAAUUCAAGCCCAUCCUGGAGGACACCCUGGAAGAGAAGCUGCAAAGCCUGGGGAUAAAGAAGGGUGCAAAGGGAAUCUCGGUUCAGACUCUCAGACACCUGGAGUCCCUGCUAAGAGCCCAGCGGGAGCAGAAGGCCCGAAGUUUUUCUGAAUUUCUGAGUCUGAGGGAGAAACUCAUCCAGGAAAUCACCAGCAGAUUGAAGGAGAAACAGGAGAAUAGGGCUGCAGUGUCCCAGCGAGAUGGCCAGUCUUCAGUCAAAAACCAGUGGAGUACCCUGGUCACCAGAGAGGCUCAGCCAAAGAGCAGGACCCUGCAGGUGGCAUUGCCUUCCAAGCCAGCGGAGCCACCCAUACCAACUCUUCAGAAACGUAGUAGCCGUGGCAGCCGUGGCCCUGGCCUGACCCAGGUGUCCACCCUGACCCCACGCCCCAGAGUGCAUGGACCCUCCAACACUUCUGCUUCCCCAGGGCCUGGGCGGAGCAGCACAUCCCCGUUCAGCUCUGAGGACUCGGAGGGAGGCUCCGUGCAGCACAUGGCUCGUCAGCCCCUACAAGUUCCUUCCAGGGUGGUGGCCCCGCCGGAGGAUGACUGGGCCUGGUCUGACACGGAGACCUCAGAGAACGCCCCGCCCCCUGACCAGGGCUCAGGAGGGUUGGCUUCUUCCAGAACACUGGUGCAGUCGAUGGUCAAAAACUUGGAGAAGCAGCUUGAAGCCCCGGCAAAGAAGCCUGCUGGAGGGGUCAGUCUGUUUUUAAUGCCCAAUGCCAGGCCACAAAAGGCUGCCACGCUAGGAAAGAAGCCUCAGCUUUCUGAAGAUGAGAGUGACCUUGAAAUCUCUUCCUUAGAAGAUCUUUCCCAGGACCUGGACCAGAGAGAGAAACCCAAGCCCUUGUCUCGCUCGAAGCUCCCAGAAAAGUUUGGGACUAAUUCUUGGAGUUCUGGCCGACCUAGGGUUCCUGGCUGGUAA